AUGCCGAGCGCACGAACGAACUUGGGCCCUUUCACAACAGAGUGGAAGUACCCUGAUCGAUGUACCGUGCCAGUCACCGAUUGCUCGACAUGCACUAAGGCCUGGCAAGGCCAGACGUGCGGGAAUAAUCAGGACAACACUCAAGGCGUGCUCGACGAUACAGACUGUUGGCCACCGCGACAAUCGUCGUUCGCCGCCGAAAAUGCUGUGAAUGGCUGGGGCUUCUACUCUCCCGCUUUCAAAUGCCCUCAAGGCUACGAAACAGCAUGCACCGCGACGGGUCCUCAGACGGGAAACUUCAAUUUUCAGUUCUCGAUACAAGAUGACGAGAGGGUGAUAGGAUGUUGUCCAUCUGGAUAUACAUGCGCGCAACCAGGCGGUCCACAAACAUGCACAACAAUCGCUUCCAGGGGAUCAUUGCAAGUCGCAUCAUGCUCGAAGCAAAAGACAGUUCUCAACUGGCUCACCCUUCCAGCGACAGUGACAGAUGAAACCAGUACAGUGUCUCUAGAUGGGAUCACAAUCUUCGCGCCAAUGAUCCAGCUCAACUAUCGCGACAAAGAUCUGUCCUUGUCAUCUGGGCCAACAAGAUCUACAAAAACAGUGUCCGCUCCAGCAGAAACUGGUACAGAUGAAUCAUUCUCAUACUCAUCUUCCAGUGGCGGACUAUCGACGGGCGUCAAAGCUGGUAUUGGGGCUAGCGUUGGAGUAGCUGGGCUGCUGAUUAUUGGAGCGGCGUUUUAUCUUUGGAGAAGAAGAAAGAGGGCUGCACCGCCGGCUGCUGAGCUAGAGACGAAGGAGGAUACGAAGAAUGCGGGAUCGGUUUUGACUUAUGGAUCGCCGCCGCCACAGUAUCCUCCUGUUGAGCUGGAUGCGACGACAUCGAGACAUGAGAUGUAA